CAAGCUAGAGCUGCGAGUUUCGAGCAGGAAGGGAGAGGUGAUAUCCUGGAAGGUGGCUGGGGUCAUCGGAGGAUUGCCAGGAUUUAGUAUUUCGUUACCGCGUCUGGUUACGUAAACAAGUGGCUUUACGGUUCUUUUCACCGUCUCGUUGAGAGAGGAGCCGAGUGGGUGGUGAGAAGUCUCGCUGUGCGGACUUCACAGCCACUUUCCCCUGUUGCCUUGUGCCCAGGGGGUUCCAUGUUGGUUUUGGGCUUCUAUAGUCUCAUGCAAGAAACACCUGGAAGGUCGAAGAAGGGAUUGCCGAGAAGGAAGGGUAAUAGGUUAUUUAAGAGACCUGGAAAAGGAGCGGACCUAUCUGAAGAAUCAGCUGAAAGGUGACAUAGAAGGUGAAAAUGGGAGGAGGUGAAAGAUAUAACAUUCCUGUUCAACCGCCAAGAAAUAAUAUUGGUAAGCAGAAUAAUCGGCAAAAAUUAUUUGAUCGUAACAAUCAGAAGGUGAACACCUCUCGUGCUAAAGACAGAAGUCGCAUUUACAAUCAGUCCGGUCCUGCAUGGCAGGCCAUGCAGAAUGGAGCAAACCUCAACAACAACAACACUCUCUCUGUAAACCAGAACUGGAACUCGGGAUUACCGGGUUCCAAGAAUCUCUUCCAAAGUCAAGACAACCAGAAUUAUGCCGGCGCCAAGUUCAGUGAACCACCAUCACCAAGUGUUCUUCCCAAACCACCAAGCCACUGGGUACUUCUGUCCUGUAGUCCUUCUGAACGAGAAUUGAUGUCCUUCCAACUCAAAACCUUGCUUAAGGUCCAAGCGUAACUAGAGCGUGCAAAGCCAACAUAUCUUCAGGCUAAUUACAGAGUUUCAAGUUGAAGACUAUCCAGCUCCAUACUUUAGUUUUGUAAAGUAACUUAACUGGCACAUAUACCAAUAUGAAUUGGACCUGCUCUGCUUAUAGCUGCUCAGGAGAUCUGACUAAAAUGCAGGGAGAGCCUUCUAUGAAGACCCCCUGCAUUAGAAGCACUUUCACAGCAUAGCUUGAGUAUGUUGCACUGAAAUUCCACCACGUGCUCAAAUUAAGUUUAUACAUUGCUUUUUGCACUUAAACGAAGUAAGUCCUCCAGGACAGGCUUGAGUAAGGUCAUUCUCCUGGGAACCUUGUUUGUGCUUCCGUUUUGUAUAUUUUUAAUUUGUAACGUGCUGGUAGACUUCUAUUCUUUUACUUUUUUUAUAUAGUCCGUGAAGAGCGUUUCCAAACCGGUGUAAUUUUUCCCCCCCCCUGAAAUGUGGUGCAGUCAGCAAAGGUCUGUUUAAAGUCCAAAGAGUCUGUCAUGUUUCAUGCCCAAGGGUUUUUUUAGUCAAUGUCACAAAGCAUUUCUUGAGACUCGCUUAUGUGCCAAUAAGCUUAUUUUUGUUCUCUGCCAAAUUGCUUCUGAAUUAACUGUGGCCUUUAGGUAAAGAUGGCUAAACCCUGUCCUAUUUGGGUCCUUAAUCAUCUUUGCCAUAGCUUCCCCCAUCUAUUCCUAGACUUCUCCAAUUUUAUCAACCAGAUUCUCUUGCCGUUACCCCACAUUCCCAACAAGCCUUUUUAAGAUUUGAAUAUAACCAUUUGCUAGCCACUGACAAAACCAUAGGCUUUCAGAUUAACAUCCCUCCUUAGGCCAGGGCUUGAUAGAAGUAUGGUAUCCACGGCUUUUAGAUUUAUAGAUCUGCCUCCUACCUUGUGUGCAAUUUUUUUUUUAUUAUUAUUUAGAUCUCUAUGGGUGCACCACUUUCUGGCUCCUAAAAAUAAUAAGCUGGCUCCUAACUUCUACACAAAUUUAUCCAAUCCUGCUUUUAGUUGCAUAGACGACUCCAAGGCUUUUAAAAUGGUCAACCGUAUAUUCUUGUGUCUUGGUAAUAUUUUAAUGUUAUGUAUGGCAGAGUUCAUUGUACUAAGUAUAUUUUGAAUGUUGAUAUUUAAUACCUCAACAGAACAUAAUAGUUUUGUAGAUAAAGUAGGAUACUUUUACAUUCGGCAUAGUUUCUCCUGACACCACUCCUGUUCAGUUUUGAUUUUUAAAAAUGACCACAAUUACCU